CGUAAUAAAAAAAAAAAAAAAUUUUUUUUUAUUUCUCUUUUUUUUUGAUAAAAUUAUUAGAAAUGGAAGAUGAUAAAUCAAAUAAGAAAAAAUCUAAAUAUAUAGGUGAUAUGGCUUCAUUUGCAAGCCAAGGGAUACAAGUUGCAAGUACCGGGUUGGGAGUAGCAGGCGAUAUAGCUCCGGUACUUGUUCCAUUUACAAACUUUCUUCCCUUAAUUAAAGAAAUUGGAAGUGUUUUUGAAGCAAUCAUCGAUAUAGUAGAAGCUGCUGAACAUAAUAAACGAACUUGUAAAGUAUUAAAAGAACGAGUUCGUGUUGCAAAAUUAGCCGUACAACAACUUAGAGAAGAAAAAGACGAAAAAGAAGAUUUUUUUAAUAAAAAUAAUUAUUCAUCUUUACAAGAAUUAGCUGGUAUUAUAAAACAAAUUGAAAAAUUUGUAUUAGAAAUUUCUCAAAUGAAAACUUUGACAAAAUAUAUUAAAGCGAAAAAUACCGAGAAAAAGUUUACGGAAUUAUGUAAUGAUUUUGAUAGUUGUGUUAAGUUAUUGUCUUUUUCAAUUGACGUUAAAAUUACUGGACAAGUAAAAUCAAUAUCUAAUGAGCUUGAACAAUUUAAAAUCGAUCAAGAUGAUUUAGCUAAAUAUCUACAAGAUAUGGUAGCUGGUGUUAGUACUGACGUAAAAGGUAUUGGAAAGGACGUAAAGGGUAUUGGAGAUGGCGUAAAAGAUAUUGGAAAUGAUACGAAAGAGAUUAAAGACAGUCUCAAAGACUUAAAUGAUCAGUUUUCUUCAACUGUUGUAAAGGUCAAUACAAUGAGUACUACAAUGGAAAAAUUGCUGAUGGCCGAGUCUUCUCAAAAUCAAAAAAAAAUUGAUAAUAUCUUUCAGGUAAAUCCGCUAAAAAUAUCUGAUUAUGAACAGGAUGAUAUUGAGGAUCUACGUAAAAAUGGACGUGUAUCUAAAUGGUAUAACAUAAAAAAUAAAAGUGAAGAAUUCGCUUUUAAAACUAUUUCUGAGCAAGAGGACCAGAAGCUUGUACAAAAUCAAGUUACAAUUCUUAAAGAACUUCAUGAUUGUCAAAACAUCAUAAAAUUUUAUGGACUUACUUGUGAGGGAAAUAAAUGGUAUUUGGUGACUGAAUGGGCAGAAUAUGGUAAUUUACGUGAAUAUUAUACAAACAAUAAAGAUCAAUUCGAUCUUAGAUUAAAAUUACGUAUGUCCCUUGAUAUUGCUCGCGGAUUAAAUUUUUUAAGAGCUGUUGAGGUAAUUUUAUAAUCGGCUUUUAAUUAACGAAAUUUUUAUUUAAUUGUUUAAUAUUUUUUUUUUUUUUUAGAUUGUUCAUCGUGAUAUUAGGGCUGAGAAUAUAUUAAUUACAAUCAAUGAGACAGCAAAACUUGCAAAUUUUAAAUUAAGUCGCUAUCUAACUGCAGCUACAUUAAAUCAAGGCCAAAAU